AUGACAAGUAACAACAUCAAUGGAGAUCGUAACAACAGGGGGAACCCCUCCGAUGAAAGACGAAUAAUAAAACUUGCAGAAGAGGAUAUAAACAAAAUAGCAGCGGGUGAAGUUAUAAUAAGGCCAUGUAACGCUUUGAAAGAGUUAAUCGAAAACAGUCUCGAUGCUAAUUCAACAAGUAUUAGUGUUCAUUUAAAUAAAGGGGGGUUGAAAUCUCUACAGAUAAUUGACAAUGGGGAUGGUAUACAUAAAGAUGAUUUACCAAUAGUGUGUGAAAGAUUUACAACAAGUAAGAUAACAAAUCAUAAGGAUAUAAGAAAUAUCAAGACAUUUGGUUUUAGAGGAGAAGCAUUAGCAUCUAUUUCGUAUGUUUCUUAUUUAACAAUAACUACUAAAAAAAGGAACUCUCCGUUUUGCUAUACAUGUACUUAUAAAGAUGGAAAACCAAUACAAAAAGAGCCAACAAUUUGUUCAGGUAAAGAUGGGACGAUAAUACGAUUCGAUGAUUUAUUUUAUAAUAUGCAAACAAGAUUAAAAACGUUAAAUCAUAAUGAUGAAUAUAACAGAUGUUUGGAAGUUUUGCAAAAGUAUGCUAUUCAUUACCCGCAUGUUUCUUUUACAUGUAAAAAGUGGUUAAGUAAUACCGUUGACCUGAACACGCAAAAUAUGGGUAAGGGCAUAGGAGGACUAGGAGGAAUUUACGUUAUAAAAAAUAAAAAAAAAGAAAAGUUCGAAAGUAUUGUCAGGGAAGAAGCGAAUGUAGUUGGUACAAGGGUACACGAAGAAGGACAGGCCAGUAGUACGAGAAUGCACGAAGAAGCAGAGCAUAGCAUAGGGAAUUAUGGUGAGGAAAAAAUUACCAAUGCAGCUGAAGAUUAUUCUGUAUUUGAGAAGAAAAUAUUAGAAGAGGAAAAAUACUUGGAUGAAAAUUAUGAAAAGCACUUGAAUAAUGUGAAAUCGGUUAUACAAAAGAUAUAUGGUAGAAAUAUUUCUAGAGAGUUAAAUAGUAUAUUUAUAAAAGAAAAUAUUCCGACCUUUUUUAAAUGUUAUGGUUUAAUAAGUACUCCUAAAUAUGUCGGUAAAAAGGGUACUUACAUUUUUUUUAUAAAUGAUAGAUUAAUUGAAUCCAAUAUUAUAAAAAGAACAUGUGAAAACCAGUAUGCAAACUUCAUACCAAAGGGUAACUACCCAUGGGUGUACUUGUCAUUACGACUAAAGUAUGAUAUUGUUGAUAUUAAUGUGCAUCCUACUAAAAAAGAAGUACAUUUCUUGUACCAGGAAGAAAUAGCUCAGUUGAUAUCCAAAAAAAUUGAAAAUUUUUUAAAAAAUGUGUACAAUAUUAGAUGCUUCGGUGUGCCCACUUCAAAUCUUAUGCAAACCACAUUCAACUUAACAUCAGCAAAGGGAGGUGUAAAGAAUGAGCCUCUUACCAGCGCCUCUAGUAGCAUCUCAAAUAUGAAUGGAAAUGUGAAAGGAAAUACCACCCCCAAUAUCUCCGUCAGUGGCGAGACAACCAAAAAAGCGGUGGAUACCAAAAGAGUAAGAACAGACCACAAGCAAAUAACCCUGACAAACUACUUUGUGAAAAAAGAGGAGCAUAAAAAGAACAACAAGGAGGACAGGUCAUUAGUAGUAUUUGAAGAUAAUAAUGAAUAUGAGGUGUUAAAGCUGGAAGCACCGAAACCUGCUCUAUUUAAUGUAAAUGUAGAUAAGCAUGUUAGUAAUACAAGAUAUAAUAGAAAAUAUACAUGCGAAUGUGAUGAUAUAUCCAGUAUAAGAAAAUUAAAAAAGAUAUGUGAAGAAAAAGAAAAGAAAGAAUUAACUGAAUGUUUAAAAAAUUCAAUUUAUGUCGGAGCUGUUGAUAGUAUUCAUAGUUUAAUUCAAUAUAAGGAAAAAUUAUUAAUGAUAAAAAUGCCUUUAAUUAUUAAAGAAAUAACUUAUCAAUCUAUUUUAAAUAGAAUAGGUAGAAUACCCCCUUUUAAAUUUAACCCUCCUAUACCUUUAUACGAUCUGUUACUAGUUGCUGUGAAUAAUUAUUAUUCUGGAUAUUAUGAAAAUCCUGACUAUGUUCAUAAAAAUAUGGAAAGAAUAUGUAACGAUUUAGAACAACUAUUUUAUUCAUAUAUAGAAAUGUAUACCGAUUAUUUCUCUAUCAUUAUUGAAGAGGGAUGUGUAGUAACUUUUCCCGCAUGCUGUGGGGAAUAUUUUCCUGGACAAGAAUUUUUACCACUCUUAUUUUUAAGACUAGCUACACAAAUUGAUUAUGAAAAUGAAAUUAAUUGUAUUAAUGGCAUAUGUUAUUUACUAGCCAAUUUUUAUUCAAAAAUUACUCUCUUGGAUGACCAGGAAUGGACAUUUCAAGAUGAUCUACUUAUGAUAAAGGAAAACGAAAUGAAUAUGUUAAUGAAUAAAUCGCAUGAGAAAAAAGAAGCAUCAUCAACUAACACAGAAAAUGAAAACUACCUUUUUGACAAUUUACUAGGAGACGAAACAGUUAUUGAUGUCAACAAACAUUUAGCAGUCUCUAAAAACAUUAACUUGGUUUUUGAAAAAUAUUUUUUCCCCAUGAUUCAAUUAAAUAAUCUGAUGAGAAUUCCACACACCUUUUCGAACAACGGGUAUAUAAUUGAAUUGACCUCGUUAAACCAGUUAUAUAAAAUUUUCGAACGGUGCUAA